GGGGAUUACGACCGGUUCGUUUCAAAAGAAUUUUAUCUGUAAAAAAAAACCAUGAUUCGUUAGCACUUUUUAAUUAUAAAUUAUUAUUAUUCUUUUUUUAUUUAAAUAUUUAAUGUUAAGUUAUUAAUUUCAUAAUUUAUAAUAUUGUAAAUAUUAAGAAAAAAAAAAAAUAAUUUUCAAAUUUAUCAUGCAUUUGUAAAAUAUAUUUAAGUGUGUUUUUUUACGUAUAAGUUGUGCCUUACUUCAAAAAUUAUUAAGUUACGUUUUGUAUACAAUAUUUAAGUGUAUGUAAUAAUAAGUGUGUAUCCUAUUUCAAAAAUGUAUUACAUAUAGUUAUUUUACCACAUUCUUAAUUUUCCGUAAAUUAAAAUAUGAAAAAAAGCAGGUGCUAUAUAGUUUCUGUUAAAUAAAUUUAAAAUACUUAUGUAUGUACAUACAUACAUAUGUAUGUUAUUUAAAAAAUUAAUUUUAUUUAAUUCAAAAAAUAAAACGUGAUUUUUAUUAAUUGUUCAUAAUAUCAUAUUUAAAAAAAUGCUAGAAAAUGCCAUUUGUGCAAAGAAUAGUCACUCCGACUUUUUUAUCACGAUCCUAUGGAAAAGGAAAAGCUGGUUUUGCCUUACAACAACAAAUACAACAACAACAGCAACUAACACAACAAAAAUUACAGAAGGGCAGUGGCACCAAUGUAUGCAAUUAUUGUAGGGCUACAGCAACAACUUCUUCAAUAAAAGCAACAACAACAUCAACUCCAUCAUCAUCUUCAUCAUCAUCAACAUCAUCGCCUCCAUCAUCAUCAUCAUCAUCAACAUCAACAUCAAAUAAUAGUAAUGUUGUUCUGGCGACGACAACAUCGGCGACGAAAAAAAAUACUUCUUCUCCUUCCACUAUUCCUUCUAUAAAUGCUCGUGAUAAUAUUGAUGAUAAUAAUGAUCAUGAUGAUGAUGAUCGUCGCACAAUAAAUCAGAAUGAAAAUCAACAUCAUAAUCAUCAAAAGAAUAGUUGUUGUACUUGCACGACUAAUGAACUAUUAAAUAGUAAAAUUCAUAAUAAUAUUAAUGAUGAAGUAGAUGAUGGUGGUUUAAAUGCAAAUAAUAUAACUAGCUAUACCAAUAGUAAUAGUACGAGUAGUUCAAUAGUAAAUGGAAAAGAAUUUGAAACUAUUUCCAAUAUAACACUAACAAACUGCUUAAGGCAAUUAGCGUCUGUGGUCAUAAUAGCAAAUGAUAUAUUUUUGGAUUUAAAUACAGAAUUACAAAGAGUUAGUUGUCGUACACAAAAUAUUAAACAAAAAAUUUUAGCUUUAGAGGAUAGUGUUAGUAAAUAUAAUCCGAAGGAAAUUGAAGUUCCCGAAAGUGAUUUUGAAACGUUCAUACAAAUAAAAGAGCACUUCAAAUCGAAAUUAGAUUGUGAAAAACAUUUGUUCAUUAAAGAAACACGUCCUAGAAAUGUACAAAACCUUUAUGAGGCUGCUGGAAGAAGUCCAGCUUAUACAGAUUCCGUCGAUUUAGUUGAUACAACAACUAAUUAUAAAGAAAAUAAUACAAUAAUAUCAAAUAAUAUUAGAAAUGAAUCAUCAUUUGAAAAGAAAAUUCUAAAAAUUGAUACUGAAAUUGAAAUUCGUUUGCCAGCUAAUAUUAAUAAACUUCGAAAAUGGACGUCGUUAGAAGCAUUAGGAGAUGUUACUGUUACUCCAGAUUGUAUGAGCAAAGUUGGUUCUUUCUUAGAAAGUGAUCAAAUAAAUAUAAUUCCUAGCUCUUAUCAAGAAAAUCCCUCCACAUAUACAAAAUUUAAUGAUAUUGGAACAGAAAAUGAUAUACCAAUCGAUCAUCUUCUGCCAUCACCAGAAGAACAAUGUCAAUUAAUAGCAAAUAAGUAUCCUGCUGAAUUAAUACCUGUCGAUAUAACUGGUAGACGUUUUGAUCGUAUGUGCCUUUCCAGAAAAUCAGUUUAUGCUGAUAGUAAAACUGGUAGCAAAAAAGACAAUAAAACGAAAGAUGAUACUGAAAAAAGAACUAGAACAAAAAAAUCUAGAGGCAAACGUAGAAAUACAAUUAUAGGAAUUGAUCCAAAAGAAAUUUCUGAAGCCAUCCAAGGAGAUGAAAAUCCCGAUCAAGCUUCAAGUGAAACAACACCUGUGAAAUCAAUUUCAGAGAGAAGUAAAUCGAGUGAUUUAUUAAAGAAUAAAGAGAUUUCAGAACCUGGUAAAUCGACAUUGAGUCGUUUAAAUUCAUUAAAAAAUUGGGGUAGAAAUCGCCUUAAAUUUGCCGAUCGCCAAAAUGAUGACAAUAAUAAAAGAAAUAAAAAUUCAAAUUAUAAUCCAUCAGAGGCUGACAGUGAAGCUGAUGAAAUAAAAUUAAAUACAACAAUAACUAAUAACUACAGUAAUGUUAAUAAAAAUCGUAAAAGAUUUUUUGAAAAAGGAAAAAAUUAUUUUUCUUCAACAUCAAAUAAUGAACAAAAAAAUAAUAAUAAUCGUGACAAAAUAAUUGUUAAUUACUUCAAAUCUGAAUCAACAUCAACAUCGAAUAGUCCAGAAUCAACGGCUACAGUGGCUUCUUCGCCAUCACCACAUCACAGAGGUUAUAAUAGUAAUUCUAAUCAACCCUUAAAUUCGGUAAAAUUGCGUGAAUCGUCAUCGUUGCGACGGCAACGACGAAAUGAUUCUUCAAAUAUUAAUAAAGAUGAACCACACUCUUCCAGCGGUAAUUGGAGUGCAAGUUCUGAGUCUGGAAGAGCAUCAAUUGGUAGUGAAAUAACGAUAUUACCCAAAUCAAGUGCAUCAAGCAUUUCAUUAAACCAUAAUAAUAGUUAUCAAAGUUUUGGUACAUCUGGUCCACCAAGUUCGGUUGUUAGUCGUAGAAGAUUUUUAAAUACAUCGGCAUCAAGUAGUAUUACCAGUGAAGGACCAUCUACACCCGAUCCACAAUUAAUAAAUGAUAUAUGUUUUAUUGAUGACGAAACAAGUUCAGCAUAUUCCUGUGAUACAGAGGGUUAUUACACUUCAUUUCACAUUGAUUCUGGAUUAAAAACUUUAAAAGAAGAAGAGCCUGUAACACCACUUCAUUCAACAUCUGCUCUAUCGAGCAAUAACUCAAUCGGAACUCUAUUAAAUCAAACAGGCGAAAGUGAAUAUGAAUUAUUUGGACGAGGUUCAACGUCUACAACUGCUAGCUCAGCUGGUACAGUUUGUACAACAUUAUUAACGGGGAAUGAAAAUGAUUUAAAUUCGAUAUCAUUUUCAGAGGUUGGAGAGAAUAAGCUUUCAUAUUCUAGUAGUAAUUGUUCUAGCAGCACAGCUGUUAGUACAUUGGAACGUGGUGGCACAAUAAAAAGAAAUAGUAAGAUAUUACACAAGGAAUUAGUUGAAGUUACAGUUCACUUAGAACGAGAAUGUGAAAAAAUAAAAAAUGAAGAAAAAAAUAUAAUUGAAACGAGUAAUUUAGGCGAUGACAAUUUGAAAUCUAAUAUAAAUGAAGACAAUGAAUGUGCAGAAUAUUCUGAUGUUGAAAGUAACGAUCGAUCAGAAAGAAUUCGGCAAAAAACAGCGAUUAGUUCGAGUCGAAUACCAUCUAUGUGUAUUAUUACACCAACGACAAGUGACGAUGAAAAUGUUAAAAGUAAUCCUGUAGCAAACGCAAAUAAUGUUGUACAGUAUGCAAAAGUAUUUUCAAGAGAGCAAAAAGAAAAGAAAUUGUCAAAAGAGGAUUUAAAUAACCGCAACAUUAUCGAAUUGCCAAAUCAAGCAUCGCCAUCUUUAUCUAGAAAUAGUAGAACUUCUUACGAUGAAGAUGCGAUAUUUUCUGAAGAUGAAAAUUUAUAUGAUUUAACAAAUGAAUUUGUUGAACCAAUUAAGUUAGUACGAAACGAUGAAGAAGAAAAUGAUCUUGAUAUUGAUAUUUCAUUUGAAAAAGAUAUUUAUCAUACCAUCGGAGAAUAUGUUACCUUAGCUGAUGUUUCUAAUAACAAUAAAAUGCCAUCAGUUUCUUCUUAUUCUAAAACUAAUUCAUUUUUGCCAAACUCACCACAUAGAGACUUAGAUUAUUCAUCAAAUACGGAAUCCGAAUAUGUUUCAUUGAAAGAAUUACCACAAAAUUUGAUAUCUAAUAAAACUUCGGGACAUUUUAAUCCUUUUGCAUUUGGAACUAUCGAAGAAGAACCAUCAGAAAAAAUUAAUAAUAAUAUUAAUGCAAUAUUAGAACAAGUUGACUCUGAUUCAGACAACAGUAAAAAGAGUAUUCCACAAAAUAAAAAUUCUAUAAAAAACUUCGAAGCUCAUGCACAUCAAAUUAAUACAGAUACAAUAAAUGAGAAAAAAGCUUCUAAUAUAUUAGGUGACAUGCGCGUUUCUUUUAAUGCACAGGGGAAAAUUAUAUACAAUUCAGACAGCCUUAGACGACAAAAACGGGGUCAUACUACAUUUUUACCAGGUCCACAUGUUAAGGAUGCAGAUAGUGCUCUUUCUUUAUCAUCAUCAUCAACAAAAACAACAUCAUCAUCAGUAACAACGCAAUUUAGUAAUAAUAGUAAUGAAGAAAACAAAAAUGAAUUCAAAAAUAUUAGUGCAAAAGAUAAAUAUAAAAAUAGUUUAAAAAGGUUUAUAAGUGGCGGUUGUGCUAAUCGUGAAUUAAAAGAUAUUCGUCCAGUUAAUAGUAAUAAUAAGAAUAAUAAUAAUAACUUAUAUCAUCAGAAACAGGAGGAACAAGCUCGAAUCUCUUCAAACAGAACCAGACGAAUUACAAAAAAUAUCGAUUCGGAUGAACUAACUUUGGAAGCUAAAAGAGAAAUGCAAGAAACAAAAGAAUUUCAAAAUCUUCUUCAAACGAAAAAUGAACCAUUCAAUCGUAACGCUCAAAUUUAUGGUACGCUGCCAAGAAAAGAUAUUAUCCGAAAUACAGAAUUGAUAUCUUUAAAACAACAGACCCCAUUAAGUACAAAUAUAUACAGAUCGCCAGUAAACUUGCCAAAAACCAUAUCAUCAUUGUCAUCAUCAUCAGCCACAAUUUCACCAAUAGUACCAUGUAAUAAAAGUAGUUUUAGAACGUCUACACCAUCAAAAUUAGAUAAUAUAAAUGAUGUACAGGAACAACAACAAGAUUUCAAACAAUUUUCUACCCCACCGAGGAUUAAAACAAUUGAUUUACAAAGUAUAAGACCAAAGCCUAGUAAUUCAACAGAUGCUGAGGAAAUACCAAAUACAUGUUCUGAUCGUUUAGGAACAGCGAAAACUAGUUUAAUGGAUUUUAAAAAAUUAUUAUUAGCCAAAUCAACAAAAACUUCAAUAUCAUCAAAUUCAAAAAUGUCUGCUGUCGAAUUAUUAAAGGCAUCAAAGCAAAAUACAAAUUCAUUAAGUAGCUCGAAUAAAAUAGGAACUUCACCAAUAUCAUCAUCGCCAACUACAAUAUCGACUGGGGCUGGUCAAAAAGCAAAUCCAACAGGACUUGCAAAAUCUGGUUCAUUAAGUUCCAGUAUGCUAUUAUUAGAAUUAAGUCGUUCCCCGCGACAAUUCGCUAACCGUAGAAUGAUAAGACAAGGUCAAUUUGGUUCACCAUCAAAAUAUAUUAUAAGCGGUGGUGCAAAAAAACGUAAUUACGCUUUAGGAAAUUCUAUUGGAACCGAUGUUAUGUCUACAACUAUACCUGAGGCUAACAAAGAAGAGGAUAGCACUAGUUCCAGUGGUUCGAUUAGUUCACAGAAAAGUAGCACUAGUAUUAUUGAUAAUAAAUUAAAAGAAAAGUCUGAUUCAGUUGAACAUAUCGAUUUUAAGAAAAACUUCUUUUUUCAAUCAGAAGAAAAUAAUUUUACGAAAAAUGAAAUUGAUGCUUCAAAAUAUCGUUGCCAUUUAUCACAAUACCGUCAAGAUGUUGCUAAAGCAAUUAAAAAUGAAAUGAAUGUAAAGCAAAAUAUAGCAGGAACAACGGUAAUUACAACAUCAACAGGAACAACAGUUGUAACAAAUAUUACAAAUGAAGCAUCAACUGCCAUGACAAAACCUCCAGCUUUCGAAACUUCAUUAUAAUUAAUGAAAAAGAUAAUCUUAAAAAAUAUACUUUUUAUUGCAUUUUUAUUAUUAUAUUAUAAAUUAUUUAAUAAUAUAUUGCUUUGUUUCAUUAUUUUAAUGAAUAUAUAUAAUAUAUUUAUAAUUUAAAAGUUAAUUAUUAAAGGUACUAAUUUAAUGAAAUUCUAUUACAAGAAAAAAUUUCAGUAUAAAAUAAAUUGAUUUUAUUAAAUCAAUCAAAAUAUGUGGUUUUAAUUAUUAAAAAUGUUAUUAAAAAUAAUUAGAAUAAACAAAUAUUUAUCAUUUUUUAUAGAAAUAUUG